UGUUUUUGCUGCAGUGAACGGUAGCCGUGGAGAGCGACAGAGAGAGAGAGAGAAAGAGAGAGAGAGUAAGAAAGAGAGAGAGAGAAGGACGAAAAGCAGACAAGAAAAGAAAAACAAGAAGCCAGCGGAGGGAGGUAGGAGAGCGGAGAACGGAGCGAUCCGGCCGGAGCACGAGCGCGGCAUCACGGUAGCAGUUCACUGAGCAUCGUAUCUUCAGGUCUCGUGAGGUUUCAUUCAACCUUGACUGACGGACGGAUGAGAGAGUGCACGCGCGCGAAUAUGGCAUUCCCGUCAUUCCCGCUGUCCACGCUCAUUGCCCUGAUGCUCCUUGUGGCGUCCGUUCAAAGCAACUUUCUGUACGAUGAUGAAGAUCCAUUCCAGCCGGUGACUUCAGAUGAGACAGUGGCUGUAGGGGGCACGGUGACCCUGACCUGCCGUGUGGCAGAGAGCGAUAACUCCUCACUGCAGUGGUCCAACACUGCACAGCAGACUCUAUACUUUGGAGAAAAGAGAGCUCUCAGAGAUAACCGGAUCCAGCUGCACAAGUCCACGCCCACAGAACUGUCAAUCACCAUCUCGGACGUGCAGCUGUCAGAUGAUGGAGAAUACACCUGCUCCAUCUUCACCAUGCCUGUACGGACUGCACGCGCCACCGUCACCGUGCUGGGUGUUCCUGGUAAGCCGGUGAUAUCAGGGUUUGAAGAUGCGGUGCCAGAGGGGGGGAGUGUAACUCUGACCUGCAGCAGUACAGGCAGUAAACCACCUGCUCAGCUGCACUGGUACAGAGGAGCCGAGAAGCUGGAGGGCCGUCCUGAUGUGGUGGAGUCGAACCCUAAUGAGCCAACCUACACAGUGACCAGUGUUCUAACGCUGCUUGUAACCAGGGACGACAACAAUGCUAUGAUCGCCUGCGCUGUAGACCACCCAUCCAUCUCCAACGGAGACAAGAGGACAGAACAGCCUCUCAGCAUACUGUUCACUCCGAGUGUGACGAUCAAGCCUGAGAGUGAUCUGCCCAGAGAGGGAGAGAAGUUUCACCUGCAGUGUGUUGGCUAUGGAAACCCAGAGCCCACGUCCUUCACAUGGCAGAAGAAAGACGGAGAGCUCCCCCCUCAGGUGAAGGCUGAUGGUGCGUUCUUGCGCUUUGAGGCACUCAACAAAUCUGAUAAUGGAGUUUACCUCUGCCAAGCAGACAACGGCAUCGGCCCGGGAGAAGGAUCUUACACCCUGCUGGUGCAAGAACCAGAGGAUUUCAGCCUCCUUUUCCCCUCUUUUACUUCUCCCUCACUUUCUCCCACCUCCAUUCCUCCAGAACUUUCUACCCUUCCCUCUGAUGACUUUUCCACUCCUCCGUUUCCAACCUUGACCUCAUCUCUCCCUCCAUCUACCGAUUCUUCUUCUUCCUCUUCCUCUACUCCUUCUACUUCUUCUCCUCUGCCGUCUUCCUCUGCUUCACUCCCUCCCUCCACCUUCCCCUCUACUGUCAGUCUUUCCACCAAUCUCUCCAAUGCCCUCUUUCCUAACCUCUCUACUCCUGGCACCUCCUCUGUCCCCUCCUCCACUCCUCCUCCUCCAUUGUUCCCCUCUUCCCUUGCUCCCUCACUCCUUCCCACCAAUAUCACUCCAUCCAUGGUUACCCGGCUGAAUGGAGUGUCCAUUACAGCCAUCCAUCCAUCCUCUCACGAAGAAGCUGCAGACAACGCUGCAGAUCCCACAGCUAUGUCCGUUUCUUUAGGAGUAGACCACGCUGUGGUUGGUGGAGUGGUGGCCGUCAUCGUCUUCAUCAUUCUCUGCCUCCUCAUUGUCCUCGGCAGAUACCUCAUCAGACACAAAGGUACAUACCUCACCCACGAAGCAAAGGGUUCAGACGACGCGCCGGACGCUGACACAGCCAUCAUCAACGCUGAGGGCGGCCACUCCGGCGCCGAGGACAAGAAAGAGUACUAUAUCUAAACAUCCCGCCAUCGCUCCAUCCUUUCUUUCUUCCCUCGCUUCAGUUCCUUUUGGCCUGGAGGAAGUAUACAAGAAAAAAACACAAGGAUGAUGAGGGGGAAGGACGAGGAAAAAGAAAAAAGGAAAAUGUGGAACUGAAGAACGAAUCAAAUGAACAGUUUCAGUCUGUGGUGAACCGAGAAGGGAGUUUUGCACUGACACAGAGGAUUCACUUCUACACACAUGCAUACAUACAUACAUACACCCAUUAAUACACGGCUUGCGUACUCGUCCCCAGCACACGUCAGAUUUAAGUUCAACAAAGGCAAUAUGACAGCUUACUCUUCAUUAACUUAGACUGAACUCAUACAUAUACAUUAAUAUCCAUAUACAGUAUGCAGGGAGAUGUACUGUAUCCGCCAUUGCAUGUACAUAAAAUACAUUUCUGUGUUUUCGAACACACGUGUCCCUUUUCUUCACUCGCUUUUCCCAAACAUCUCACCCACACACAUACACACACACACCAAAGCAAGCAAAGCCCCUCCUCACCCACCCUCACCUACUACAGCAAACAACAUAUACUACAUAUGAGACAGCACUGCAAAAUAGCUCACUACUCGGCAAUAGCAGCUCGCACACAGACGGACAGGCAGACACACACACACACACACACACACACACGCACACACACAUACAUACACACACAUAUACACUCAAUACAAUCAUGCAAAAGCAGCGUGUGUGCUGUUGUCACUGUAUGGAACCCCAGUAUAAAUGUAUAAAUAUAUAAAUAUAUAUAUAUGAUUAUAUAGCAUUGUUUUUACUUGACAGAAAAAGUUCAGUGUGCUGUAAAUAUACUCUCUGCCAUUCUUUCUCUCUUCCCUAUCUCUCUCUCUCUCACUUCUCACUCUACCUUUUUCUCUCUCUCUCCUCUUUCUUCUGUCAACUCCAUGUCUCUUUUCUCUGUCUCUCUCUCCCC